UCUUUCUAUAGUGUGGUCGCGUGUCACAUAUCCGUCGCUUCAUUCUUGGUCAUUCUCGUUCGUUCUCGUUUACUGACUUUGUCAGGUGAAGAGUAUCGGCAAGUCGCUUUAAAGCGAUUCUUGGGUAAUAUAUAUCACAAACACCUAUUGAAUAUACCACAAAUGUCUGAAUCAGAUCUUUUGGCAAGCGACCAUAUUGAUGGUCUUGAUGGUCUUGAAAAUGGUCAAGAUGGAGAUACUAUCAUGCAAUGUGAUGGUGUUAAGCGAGAAUUAAGUGAAGCAAAUAUUGAUGAUCCUGAAUUAGAGGCAAUAAAAGCACGAGUAAGAGAAAUGGAAGAAGAAGCAGAGAAAUUAAAACAACUCCAAUCUGAGGUGGAUAAACAAAUGAAUAUGGGUAGUCCACCUGGUACAAGUCCAUUAAAUAUGUCAUUGGAAGAAAAAGUGGAAGUUGACAAUCGAUCCAUUUAUGUUGGCAAUGUUGAUUAUGGAGCUACAGCAGAAGAGUUAGAGCAACAUUUUCAUGGUUGUGGCAGUGUCAACAGAGUGACAAUUUUAUGUAAUAAAUUUGAUGGUCAUCCCAAAGGUUUUGCUUACAUUGAAUUUGCUGAACGCGAUUCUGUACAAACUGCAAUGGCCAUGGAUGAAUCUAUGUUUAGAGGUCGUCAAAUUAAAGUAAUGCCUAAAAGAACAAAUAAGCCUGGUUUCUCUAUGACAAAUAGGGGUCCCAGGGGUGCAAGAGGCUAUCGAGGUAUGACUAGAGGAAUUAUUCGUGGUAGUGCAUAUUAUGGAUAUAGACCUACAAGGCGGCCUAGGAGUUACAGACGUGGUUAUUAUAUGCCAUAUUGACCAUUUUAAAGUGGCAACCUUAUUCUACAAGAGAGUGUCAAAAG